AUAGACCCUGUCGUGUUUAUUGCGACUGAUGAUUGAAGAAGAUGAUUGACUGAAUAUUGAAGAAUUUUGUUUGACCUGUGUAUUGACCAAAUAAAAGUUUACAAUUUGUGUUGCAUUAAAUUUUUAGAAAUGUUUAUCAAAACAUACAUUAUUUUGUUCUCAAUAAUAAUUCUUCUGCUAUUACAAGGUUCACUUGCUGAUAAUAAAAUUCCUACAACAAUUCGGGGUUACUUUGAUAAUUGGGUAACUAUUUUUCAGCCAAGUAAUAUGACCAGCUGUAUACAAGGGUGCUGGAACAAAAUUGAAAGUGGGUCAUUAUACGAAGGGGCAUUGAGAUAUAGUUUUGAUUCGUUUUGUUACUGUACAGUUACCCAAAUUGGUUUAACUUUUCUAGCUUCAAAUAUUCAUCAAUCACAAAGUUUUUUAUUCUCAAUCUUUCAACCUGAAUCUGCAACUUGUUCCAUUGGUUCAAAUAUAAACUUUCGAGUUCGAAUUAGUUUUUAUCUAGAAAGUAACGAUGAGAGUACUAUGUACUUUAUUGACAGCUUGAGUAAUCCGCUGACUUAUUCAGGAAGAAUAAUUAUCACAAAUUUUGUAGAUCUUAAAAGAGGUUUUCAUCAAUCCAUUACGACAGAAAGACAUAAUGAGAGUAAACUUUAUAACUUAGUAAAGGAAACAUAUACUGGAACUCUGGAUACAAAGUUUGAGAACUUUUACUCUCUGAUUGCUAAGAUUGGUGAUAUGUCGGUUGUGGACAACCACACAGAAUGGGCUGUAAUGGUAUAUUCAAAUAAUAAUUCAUUAUGGGUGACAUUAAAUCCAUUUGUUAUUCAACGUUCUAUAAAAACAUGUCGUUUAUUAAUGGCAGUCUCAAAUUCUACUAUAAAUCAAAGUUUGUUCAUUAACUUUAAUAUGACAACCAGUGCAGAUUGUGUGGUUGAUCUUGAAAACGUUUCAAUCCUCAUGCAACAUCACCUUAAGCUAAAAGUUGCAAGAUUUGUUUGGGAUGAUUUAAGUAUAAACGCAACCUCACUGAUAAAUAAUAUUAACUUUGAUCAAAUUUACGUACGCAAACUCUACAUUGAUUCAUUUCUGAAAUUCACUGUGAUAUAUGAAACAGAUAGAUCUCCACCGUUCUUGGGAAGACAGUUAAUCUCCGUUAUUACAACUAUAACAUGUACUCAAUAUUCUGAUGAUAAAUCUAAUAGAGGAUACAAAAAAUUGAUUUUUACAACAGUGUCGGAAAAAUUACAAGCAACAACUAAAAUAUAUCCUGCAUUAACAAUGGAAAACUCGAAGAAAUUUGAAAAUAAGACUCACAUGUGUAUAUGUACGCUCAUAAAAAACAGACAACAAAGUCCAUGCUACCAACAAGAAAAACGUACUGGUAAAAUCAUUUUUUUACCAAUUCAAGUAUCUGAAGUACUUGGUUACGAUCCUUUAACAAACUUACUUUACGGCAAAAUGUUUCGGGAACAAAUUGCUCAAUUGAAUAUUUACAGCAACAACUCUGUUUUUAUCAUUACGCAAGAUAAAUGGCUCACUAUUUUAAGUUCAUUAAAUUUUCAAAACACUGAAACAAUCUAAUUAUCUUUAGAUACAGCUUGUCGCAAUUUCGGUUAAAUAGCAUCGACUGCUUUAAUUUUGUUUCAGCAUCAGUAAUCGUUAUUUUAAUUAAAAUUUAAUACUAUUUAUUUUUUUGCAUUUAAAAUAUCAUACUUCCUUAAAAUUUGUAAAAGUAACUCAUAAUA